AUUCCCCGUGCAUGUAUGUCACCUGGCCAGGUGAGGCUCCGCCCACAACAGAAGGUUCCCAGAGGAAUGUGUAGUCAGUCUGCCGUGUAUUAUCUGGAAGCUGUAAUCCCAUACACGUCUCCUCAAAGCCACACUUGUUCUGCAGCCAGGAUGUGGUUGUAUCUUGUGCUCCUGUCCUGUGUGUGGAGGUGUGAAAGUUACCCCAAUGGGAAAGUUUCGUCCAGUUGUGACAACAUGCUUCCUUCUCAUGGAAGCGGAGCUCAGACGAGUGCUGCUCCUUACACCGUUACAGCAGACAAAAGCAGCUAUAAAGAAGGAGACACAAUCACAGUGACUCUAAAUGCGAACUCGGCGGGAUUUACCGGGUUUCUCCUGGAAGCGAGGCUGGUGGGAGGCAACAGCCCCAUGGGUACUUUCACUGUGGUGGACACUACCUCCCAGCUCCUGACCUGCUCAGGACUGUCUAACUCGGCCGUCUCGCAUACAUCAGAUAAGUCAAAACAACAGGUCCAGAGCAAAUGGAAAGCACCAGCAUCUGGUAACCUCAACACCAUUGAGUUCAGUGUAACAUUUGUGCGUGACUACUCCAUCUUCUGGGUGGGAGUGAAGAGCGCUCAGAUCACCUACAACGGCACAUCGUCUGAGUCCACGUCCACGUCCACCUCGUCCACCAUCUCCAACUCAGGCUGUGGCACCACUAAGACGUGUUUAAGCCAACCGACCGGCUGCGACCCUGCAAACUCCAACUGCUACUUCAUGUCUGCCACCCCCUCAUCCUCAGGGUCCGGGAUCAAAUUCGAGAUCACUGGUCUUGCAGCCGGCUACGUCUCCAUCGGCUUCUCAGACGACAAGGAGAUGGGGAAUGAUGAUAUCUACAUAUGUGGGAAAGACUCAAAUGGUCUGAUCCAGAUACAACACGCAUUCUCUACAGGAACUACAACACCAACCACCAUCUCACUGGGGAAUGUGACGGCAAUCAGUAAAUCAGAGGAUAACGGAGUGAUCAGCUGCUCCUUUACAUCCCAAAACACCAUCAGCACCACCAGGAGCACCACAUCCUCCAACAGCUACUACAUCUUCCUCGCCAACGGGGCCACCAGCAACGGUGUGAUCCAGAUGCACCCGACCACACCUCUAAUCAGCAGCACUAAGGUGGACAUUAGCAGUCCUGUAGCUCUGGGAAGUGAAUCAAAGCUUCCAGACAUCAUUAAAGCACACGGUUGUCUGAUGUUGAUUGCGUGGAUGACCACGGGCAGUAUGGGCAUGUUUAUUGCGCGUUUCCUGAAGCAAGCCGCUCCGGGACAAAAGUUCUGUGGGAAAGAUUUCUGGUUUGUGGCUCAUGUGUUACUGAUGUUGCUCACAGUUGCAGCGACUAUCAUCGCAUUUAUCCUGGUAUUUUCAUACGAACAAGACUGGAGUGGGGGAGCUCAUCCAGUUCUGGGUUGUUUGGUGAUGAUCCUCAGCUUUGCUCAACCCAUUGGUGCCAUGUUCCGCUGCACACCACAGGAUGAGAGGAGGUUUGUCUUCAACUGGAUUCAUUCCAUCAAUGCAUUAGCGAUUAAAGGGUUAGCAGUGGCGGCAAUUUUCACCGGUCUCAUGCUGGCUGACAGCUCAGAGUCACAGUGGAUGCCGAAGGUGAUGGGUGGAUUUGUGGCCUGGGAGGCGUUGCUUUUUCUCUGCCAAGAUUUAUAUCACAAAUACAGUCAAAAGGAUAUGGACAGCUGCAGUGUUGGAGGGGUGGGAACAGGCGUACUCCUGCUCCUGCUCUUCUUCUUGGGGAACCUGGCGUUCCUUGUGGCUCUGCUCGUCGGAAUUGGAGCAUCGUAACCAUGGAAACAAGGAACCCAUUAUUAAAAAAAUUAUAAAUAGAAGCUCAGGAUUUUUGUUUUUGUAGUCAGGUAAAUACUCUGUAAACAUAAAAUAAUCCCUGAGUUUGUUUCUAUUUGUUCUGAUUUUUUCAGUUUAUUCAUAACAGGGUUUUUUUUCUGUUUGGGAUAUGUUUUCAUUUUUUAUUUCAAAUACCCUUCCAUAACUUCCCUCUGGUGCUGUAUUGAGGUCACUGUUGUUCAUGUUAAUUAACAACAGCAUGCCCCAGUGUUUUAUUCCUCUUUUAUCACUGUUACAGUGAAUUUAUUAGGAGUAUAAAGUCAUCUAUAAUCAUUUUACAGUUACAUUUCAUGCUCAUAAAACAAGUUUUUAUUUUUAUAAUAGCAUCUAUAAAUGGUUAUUCUCUCUCCAGCCCGUUUCUUUUCUCUUUUCCUCAGAGAAAGAAUAAAUAAAUAAAUGUGGCUUGAUGAUAGAUCUGACCAAAGCUAGUCUUGUCAAAAAGAAAGCAACUGUCUUUUUCUUGUGAAUAAUUUUCCUGAGUGUAAAAAAAUGGACUUUAAAUUGUUUGGAAACGGCCUUAUAACCCUUCCCAGGUUGACUCUCUUGAUUUUCUUUUAUCCUUCUGAUGUCUUCCCUUUUUGUCAAUAUUUUAACACACACCUGCUCCAGACCAUUGAACUGCUAAAACUUGGGCUGUUAUAGAGGCACUCACACUUGCUAAUGAUCACUUAAAAUAAGUGCAUUUAAUUAGUGCCACCUGGCUGCCUCUUAAUCCUUAUGUAAUCAGUAAGGGUGCAAUACGUUUUUCACAAUCGCUUUCUUUAUGUUCUUCUAUAAUAAGUCACCUGAUGUUGUUCCUCUGAGGUUGUAUUCAUCUAAUUCUAAGACAAUAAUGUGGAAAACAAGAUUUUUAUUACAUCUUGAUACUUAACACUAUAUAGAAUUCAAGAGGGUGUACUUUCUUUUUCACAUGACUGUAAGGAAUAACCAGGGAGAAAAAAUGGAGUGUGUGUGUGUGUGUGUUACACUUUCUGCUUGAAUGCAAAUAUUUGCCUUUACAAAUAUGAUGUUUAUGAAUUUUUCACUUUCAGAAAGAUGGAUGCAAAUAUUUGCUAUUAUUGUAAUCAUCUUUUGAACACGAACAAACCAGAGCUGGAAACAAGGUUUCUUUCUUUAUUUUGAACUAAGGGUGUACAAAUUUUUGCCCCUAAACUUUAUCUAUGCAUUGUAUAGAACAGAGUUCUGCAUAUGUAUGAUGUUUUGUAUUUCUAUAUACUAUACUGCCUUUUUAAUCGUAGUUUGUUUUUCAUAUAUGAUCCAUGCCAUAUAUAUAUAUAUAUACAGUAUAUACAUAUAUAAUAUAAAAAUAUAUACAUAUAUGAAAUUCUAUUUUAAAUUAAAUAUAUUAAAUUCUUUUCUAAAUCUGA